AUGAGUCUCCAAAACCCGUCCCUGAAUUUUGCUCGCAUCUUGGUCCUGACGGCCAGCUCGGUUUACGGAACCAAUUUUGCCAUUGUCAAAAUGCUGGACAAUGAAAUGCCAGUUUCUGUAUCAGCCAUGCUGCGGUUUUGUCUGGCAGCCACUGUAGUGACAGUCCUCACUGCCACAUGCAAUAAUAAGGGAGGAGGAGGAGAGCCCAUGGCAGCAGUGGCCGGACUGGAAAUUGGAGCAUGGUAUUGCUUGGGAUAUCUAGCGCAAGCCCAGGGUCUGGAAUCCACGGAUGCCAGCAAGAGUGCCUUCUUCAAUGCUCUGGCGGUCAUUAUUGUUCCCAUUCUCGAUUCUCUCUUUCGAGGCAAGCGGCUGGGCUUACAAGGAUUUUCUUCGGUGGCAUUUGCCCUGUUGGGAGUGGGAAUGUUAGAGUUGGGUCCUGCCAUGGCAUCAGGAAAAGUCAUACGGGUGACACGGGGGGAUGCCUAUUGUCUGGCUCAAGCCAUUGCUUUUGGGAUUGGAUACUGGCGUCUCGAACACGUCUCCACCAAAUACCCUGCCCAAGCAGGUCUCAUCACUGUGGGACAACUCGUGGGAGUAGCUCUGGGAUCGACCUUGUUUUGUGUGCUCAUGCAGCAGUUUCCCACUUUGGUUCAACUGCAAGGCUGGCUUUCCAAUGGAUUCACAGUCGCUGCUAUGGUUUGGACCGCUUUGAUAUCCACCGCUCUUGCCUUAUAUUUGGAGACUGUGGCGCUCAAGACCAUUUCAGCAUCUGAAUUGACAAUCCUCAUGACUAGUGUGUCGCUCUUUGGAUCCGCUUUUGCCUAUCUUACCAUGGGAGAAACCAUGCCCCCUAUUGGGAUGCUAGGAGGGCUUCUCAUCCUUCUGGGUUGCAUCUCCUCUGCGCUUGGUGGUGGUGGUGGCUCCAAAGGCGACCAAAACAACAACUCUCGGAUUCCAAACAAGAAAGAUGUAUCAUCUUGGCUGGCAUCCAUUGACAUACUGGAGAUGACGGUGGAAAAACGCAAAAUGGUCUAA